UCUAGUCGGCGAGAUGGAUAGACAGAGGCCUUUGAUAAAGCUGGUAAUUCGUCAACACGGAUAUCGGCCAUUCCCACCAUCCUCACAGCAGCAGCGCUCACACACGAGCCCAUACCUGCUACACCUGUUGCUGGUAGAGGUGCGUCCCUCUCCCAGUUCUGGGGAAAUGGGAGAGGGACGCACUUUCCGCGAAUCGGUGGCGCAACGUUUCCAGUCCAGCAGCUUUCCGGAUAAGGAAGACCGUGAGACUCGGGCACUUUGUUGUGAGUACGCGGCGCGCACUAUGUUCACGGUCAGUCGAAGUAAGGCGUAACCGAGUUGGAUCUCUGAAGGGGGACACAAAAAAAAUCUUCUCAGCAUGGAGAUAAACAGGCGAGUUCGCCGCAGGAUGUUUCUCUACCUGAUGAUUUUAGGAAAUGUUGCCACCGUCAUAACUUGCUCUGGAGUCAGUAACGAAACAGGCCCAGAUCUCGACUGUACCAACCACUUUGUUUCACAGAUGUUUUGCGACUUUGGAGCACAAAACUGCUCUGAAUACAUUUUGACUCUCCUGGGCGACGAUGGGGAAGGAGAGACUCAUUGUGCUCUCAAGCAGUGUGACAGUGGACGGUGUUGUUGCUCUGUCCAAAUGAUACUUGUUCUCGGGGAGACCCAUACAGCGACGGUUUGGAGAGGGAACGAACGUGUGGAGUCCAAAAAAAUCGACGUCUCAGGGAGCACAAAGCCCCAAACCCCAAAUAUCACAUCAGUGAAAGAAACCAACGGGAAUUUUCUGGUGAUGUGGAAAGCAACUGAUGCGGGCUCUUUCAGGGAAAGCUUGACUGCUCAAUUGAUGUACCAUAAAAAGGGAGACACGGAAAAGGUCGUUCAGUCUUUCAAACCAACUACCAUUGAUGGAUGGAAUAUCUAUGAAAUACCUGGUCGAAAUUUGGAGUCAAGUACAACAUAUGUGGUCAGCGUGAAAAGCCAAACAAGCUGGAGUGGCAGAUUCAGUGACAGUAGCAACGAGUGGGAAUUCACAACCCGUGCCUCCCCUAAUGCCUUGAUCUUUGCGCUCAUCAUCAGCCUCAGUAUUGCUGCAGUGUUAAUCAGCAGUGCUAUAUUUGGCUGUUAUGUAAAGUUGAAGACAAAGUGGUGGGACACGGUUGCCAAAUGUUCAAAACCAAAACUUCUUAUUAUGCAUCCAAAUGAGCAAGAGUUCUUGAAACCCGAGCCACCCAUCAUUUCCUCUGUCUGUGUGGAGCCCCUUAUUCCAGAUGACAGCAAAAUGUGGUCGAAGGGGUCACUGACAGACACUAGCGGUGGGAGCCCACAGCAAAGCAGCGGAAUCAGCACUAACUCCUCCUGUCUCAGUUAUGCGAACACAGAACCUGCUGACAUUAUAGCCGGUGUUCAGGAUGCCCUUGGUAAAGCCUUCCCCAAUAUCAGCCCGAUAUCAGCUCUGACCACCAAUCUGCUCACAGAAUCCAACAAAGACAGUGGUUUAUUCUCCGCUCCAAACAAUCUUUUUGUUGUCAGCGCUGAUGACAUGAGCUCUGGAUCAUCAGGUUUUGACAACAAAACCUAUUCCAUUCUCAUUCCCAGCUGCCAAGGUCAGAUCGUGAUGGGCAGAUCUGACGUCCAGACGCAGGCUAAAAUGGUUUGUGACUCUGCAUACCAUCCUAGUGAGGGUGACGUGGUGACCUGCUCUGACCAGCAGGCACCAGCUUGUCCGCUCCUCAAUUUACCAGCGGUGGUUUCAUCUCUUCUGCCAACGGACAUGUCAUAUCAGCAACACAAUGCAGAUUCUGAGAGAUUCUCAUGUGCAGAGGACUCCAGUUUGUCCUCCUUCUCUAGUGGCACCAUCACAAUCGCCUCAUGUGAUCCUGUGUACAGAGUUGAGGCGGGGCUUGAGAGUUUUGACGAGGUGGUCAGCGGUGCGACAAAGCCAAAUGGAAAAAUGGAAGAGGCCACCGUAUGUGAUGACAAUCCCUGCUAUGGCUGUCUGCCUGCCGGCUCGCACAGCUUUCCUCCAGUGGAUGACGACUACCAGGCCUUUCAAAAUCUAGUGGGGAAACCUGAUUUUUUCCUUUCGGAAGCAAGAAGUGGCGAGAAAGAGGAACAUUUGGAUAAAUAUCCGGCGGAAUCAUCCGCCAAGAUCCCUCCAGUGAUUCAACUUUUCACUGACGAUGUCCAGGGUGGCCAGUGUCUUUCUGAGCUCCAAAGAUCUUUUCUCCCUUUGAUCACUGCCAACCAACCUAUGCCAUUAAUCCCGGACAGUGGCUAUCAGAGUGUGUAGUGCUGAAUUUUUGUGCAAUCACGUUUUUCCGCUGAUUUAUGCAUGUUUAAAUAAUACACAUUGUUGAGAAACUUAGAGGAUGUGGGAGAGGGAGAGGAAUGACAUCGGACACUGACAAUGGUGUUCAAAUCUGUAAUAUGACUUAAGUUUCAAAGUUCAAAGAUGUGACUUUUUUUAAAGGAUGUAGUGGAUUUUUUUUGUUUUUUGUCGCUGCUUUGAUUCAAAGAAAACACACUUUUGCAGCUUAAGAACACGUAAUUGGUGAAUACUUUUUACAGUUUUUGGAUCAUGUGGUUGAUUUUGAUGUGAAAAGUCCAAGUUUGUAAAUAAAAACAUUCACGUAAAAUUUCUGUGAGAGAACAGUAAGCAGUUGUUUUGAAUGUAGCGUAUGCUUGCUGCAAAUUCUUGAACAAAACAGCUGCAGUCAACUCAUUUAUUUCUAUCUCUUUAAUCAAUUAUGAAAUAACUAUAAAGAGUACUGUCUAGACCUGCUCUAUAUGAUAAGUGCCCUGAGAUAACUUCUGUUAUGAUUUGGCGCUAUAUACAUCAAAUUGAAUUGAAUUGAAUUGUGUCUCACAUGUGACAGUCGACUAAGGCUGUUUGUCUUACAAAUGUAAAUCUGUGUAGCUCAUGCGAAAUGCGUCUCUUAAAUAUUGUUUGAAUGCUGAGAGAACCACACUGUCUGAAGUCUGUAUUAAAUGUAUCAAGCCUAUGUAGGGCUCCAGUGUUGUUUGAGUUAACUGAAGAGCCAUCUCUGUUAGAUAAUUUAAAUCUCUCUCUGACAUUGAUUUUAUCAGGAGAGCCAUCACAAGGAAAUAGCACAUGGUGCCAAUUUAAUAUUGAAUCUGAAUUCUGUGUCUUAAACAAGCCCCAACACUCAGCUGACAUGCAAAUCUGUUGCUAUUCUGUGUUGUGAAAUUACUUCCUUAAAGCUGUUCUCUGAAAUUGAUGUGGCACUUCAGAAACACACUCUACAGUGACGAGCUAGGCAAUGACCAUGUGUAAUUCUAAGGAAAAGGUUUUUUUUAUAUUAAGUAAGUGUGAGUCAGCAGUAAAUGUUACUAUUAAACAUAUUUAUUGUUCACAUUGCGACCUGGGGGUUAUUCUGAGCUGUCGCCGCGGUAGCGCCGCUGAGUUGUUAAUGUUGUAAUGUACAACAUUAAAAAUGUUAUUGUUGUGA